AUGCCUUCGGGUCAACCAGAGAGUCCAGAUGAACCAAGUGAUGAAGAAGAAUCUCUAGAAGAUGUUGAAGACGAUAACGAGGAAGGUGAAGAGGAAGAAGAAGAGAGUGAAGAUAAUUCCGAUGGCGAUGAUAAUGAAUCAAACCAAACAGAUUCCAAGAAGAAAAUGUCAAAAACUCCAAGUAGUUCGGUGAAAGUGUUGGCUGGUGGAGCAGCGUCUUACGUGAUCCCUCCAGUCCGAUCAAAGCCUCAACGACCAGUAGAUAGCGAUAGCGGAGUGCGAAUCACGCAGCAGAAACAGAUUGGUCGUGCUUGGGCUGAUGGUCCUCGUAUCGAUCUCGUACAUUUAGAUUACGUUCAGGAAGAUUUCGAGCGGCGACAAGAAGCAGUAGCGAAUAUCCGAGAGCGCAUGACGUUAAAGUCUCGACCUGGUUACCAGCUCCGUGUUCGUAUGCGAUGGAAUUGUCAGUCACUGUCCCGACUAAUUCUCCGUCGACAUUUCCUGUGGCUUCCCUGUGUAGUGAGCUCUCUACCUGAAGCUGUAUGGGAUGGCGAUAUCCUCCAGGUUCAUACGCACUUACUACAACGAGCCGAUGUCAACAUGCGCGACCUCGUGACCGGUCAAUUGACACUCAAUAUUGCCAUCCAGCAGCAACACGAACCGAUCGCUCGACUCUUGAUCGAUCGUGGAGCGGAUGUGAACCAGCAAGAUGAUAUCUCUCUGCUAGCACCAAUCCACAACUCCAUCAUCAUGGGCAAUAAGGCUUUAUUCCGACGUCUUCUCAAAGCCGGAGCCGAUACUGAGCUUGCAGAUCGUGAAGGGUUUACACCUCUGCAUUGGGCGUCCGUACGUGGAUAUCUGGAGAUCGUCGCACAACUUGUCGAAGUUUCUCGUGCCGAUGUUAAUCGCCAAGAUGCAAUGGGCUGGUCUCCACUCCACAUCGCGUGUUUUAAGGGAUACCCAGACCUUGUCGAGUAUCUAUUGACACGUCACGCUCGUAUUGAUGUGGAGGACUGCUAUGGGUUCACACCGAUGCUGUUCGCUCGUAUCGCUGAAAAUAUAGACGUCGUCAAGAGCUUGGACGAGUUUGUUGCGCAACAAGAGGCCAAGAGGCUACGAAAGCUCACACCUAAUAAGCCGAAGACGAAGAAAAAACGAAGAUUAUACUCCCCCAAACGAUUGUUCUUAUCGGAAGAGAACUGA